CACCCGACUAUCCGACCGCAGCCACGCCUCGCCCCCAACGUCCCCAACGCCCCCGGCUCCCGACACCCACACGUACUCGCCGUGGGAAUGAGGCCCCGAAAGAGCGUGUCCGAAGGCUACAAGACGCACAAGAUGUCGUCUUCACGCUCGGAGCGCAUCGCCAUGGCGAGACCUCGCCUCGACGUCAAGCCCCCGCGCGAAGCCGUGCCCGACGACUACCAGCACGAGCGCGAAUUGCUUCCCUUCUGCGGCCUGCACAAGAUUGGCGGCUUUGCAGAACAGCCCACCACAAACCCGCACCUCUACAGCCCUUCCAAAGGCCCCAGACCCGCCCAUACAUUUCCCCUGACCGCCGAAGACUUUACCCAACCCUUCUCAAGCCACUCCUCCAUUGGCAGCGACUACUACUCAGCCACAUCCCCCUCAUCGCAACGCCUGCACAAUCCCUCGAAGCGUUCGUGGCACGACGAAGACGAAGUCAGGCCACUAAACACAAACUUCCUCUUCGACCCAGCCUCCAACAGGUCCAUGAGUAUGAGCGUCGACUUUGACGACGUCCCCGUCAGUCCCAUGAGCGAGACUCCCCCGCAAGGCUCCAACAUGCUGCCUCCCACACGCCAAUACGCCCAACCCCGGUCGAGACGUACAGCCCGCCGAACCAUUAGCGACGACGAUAUUGACGUGGAUUUUGAAAACGGCGCGCGCAUCCAAGGCCGUGUGGGCGCUGGUACCGGCAGUGAUUUUGAAGAGGCUGAUUUUCUGAGCCAAGAGGUACCGAUGAGUGGUAUUUAGCCGCCCUCUCUCUCUCCUCUCCCAUCCUCUGCUUCGCUUCUCUCUCGCAUUUCAACAAUAUUUCCAUUCUUUUCCCUCUUCAUCGGGAGGGAAAUCUAUUUUCCCCACGAUUUUCCUCUCUCUCUCUCUCUCCUCCCAUCCACCUCUCCAAGCAACUCAUUCGAUAACAUGGCGCUUAACGGUCGGCGAUUAUGAAGAAAUGUUCAUGUUGGCGCGUAUACCCGGGAACGUUUCUUUUUUCUUCCUUUUUCUUCUUCUCUAUUUCUUGUUGCCCUGUUUCCUCUUUUUCCUCUUCUUCUUCUUC